AUGAGAUUCCAAGGAGAAGAGGAAGCAGCAGCCAAAGUGCCUGUAACAUCUCCUUUCAGGUACAAUUCACCCCUGGUACAGGUUAGCUUAAUAGGUCUAGUAUGUUUCUGUUGUCCUGGCAUGUUCAAUGCCCUUACAGGCAUGGGAGGUGGUGGUCAAGUCAACCCUGAUGCAUCAAAUAAUGCUAACACCGCUCUGUACACAACUUUUUCCAUCUUUGGAAUCCCUGGUGGUGGUGUUUACAACAUCUUUGGACCAAAGAUUACCCUUGCAAUGGGCUGCUCCACUUAUGUCCUUUAUGCUGGCUCUUUCCUAUACUACAAUCACCAGCAAGACCAGACUUUUGCUAUCUUUGCUGGUGCUUUGCUCGGUAUCGGUGCAAGCUUUCUUUGGGCUGGACAAGGGGCUAUCAUGACUUCCUAUCCCACUGCUACUCGUAAAGGCACCUAUAUUUCUCUCUUCUGGAUUAUUUUCAACUUGGGUGGUGUCAUUGGUGGAUUCAUACCUUUCAUCCUGAACUACCACCGGAAGGAAAAGGCAGAAACUGUCAACGACAUGACAUAUAUUGUCUUCAUGUGUUUCAUGUCAGCUGGUACCCUCAUCUCAUUGACAAUUUUAUCCCCUGAUCGUGUUGUCAAAGACGAUGGUACUCAUUGCACCAACAUUAAAUACUCAAAUGUUACCACUGAGGCUAUUGAGAUCCUUAAGCUCUUUCGUAACUGGAAGCUGCUUCUCAUCAUCCCAGCUGCCUGGGCUAGCAACUUCUUCUACAGCUACCAAUUCGAUAAUGUCAACGGUUUGAUGUUUAAUCUGAGAACAAGAGGAUUUAACAAUGUAUUCUAUUGGGGGGCUCAAAUGAUAGGUUCAGUGGGAAUUGGAUAUAUUUUAGACUUCAGUUUCAAGAGUAGAAGAACAAGAGGCUUGGUUGGGGUAGGAAUUGUUGCUGUGCUCGGGACGGCAAUUUGGGCGGGUGGCCUUGCCAACCAGUUGAAUUACUCUUUUGACAAACCUCCCAAGCGGUUGGACUUCAAGAGAUCAGGAAGCGAUUUCGCUGGACCGUUCAUAUUGUACUUUAGCUAUGGGUUAUUGGAUGCCAUGUUUCAGUGUUUGGUUUAUUGGGUGAUUGGAGCAUUAGCUGAUACCUCAGAGACCCUCAGCAGAUAUGCUGGUUUCUACAAGGGAGUGCAGAGUGCAGGAGCGGCAGUUGCCUGGCAAGUCGGAAAAAAAAAGAUUCCCUUGCUCAACCAGCUGAUUGUGAAUUGGGUGCUGACCACUUUGAGUUAUCCAUUGCUGGCGGUCCUUAUUUACAAGGCAGUUAAGGAUACAGAUAGCAAUAAGCCUGCAGAGGACGAUGACACUGCUUCAGGACUGCCUCCCCCCGCUUCAAUGAAAGAUGGUUACAAAGAACUUGAGAACUCUAUUACUACGGAAAAGGAUGGUUAA